GAGAGAGAGAGAGCGAGAGAGAGAGAGGGAGGGAGGGAGUGAAGUUACAAGGUGCUCUGUCUGUGUCAGAGGAGAAAAGGAAAGUAACCGAAGGAGAAGUGGAAAGAUUAAAAAAACAAACCAGAUCAAAGCAAGACAAAAACAGAGGACGACACCAGGGCAAAAAUAAGACAGAGAUAAGAGCAAGCGACAAAACAAGACUCUGAAUAAAAAAAAAAGGGACGGACGGGAGGAGAUCGAAAAGGCAAAGAAAGAGAAAGGAAAGACGAGAGAAGGAACGUAAGAAGCCAAGAUUUAAAGGAGAAGAAGAAGGAGGGAAGGUGGAAAAGAGAGAAAGGAAGAACAAACAGUUUCUUUAAGAAGAAUCCCAGUUCCCAGUUUUCUCCAGAAGGGGGCAGUGCUGUGAAUGGAGCUCACAAACGGACAGGUCUGCAAUGGGAGUGAAGCCACACCCCUGGCGAUGACGCCGGGUUCAGUGGAGGGGUCAGUGGCGAGGCCACGCCCCCCGCACAAGGAGUACCGGACCCUCUCCAUCGCCAGUGUGAUCUGUGGUAUCUCCUGCAUCGGGGUCCUAGCUGUGAUCAGCUCAGUCAAGGCCAGUGAAAGACGCUCCUAUGACCCGGAGCAGGCUGACCUCUUUGCCUCGAAGGCCCGGCGGUUGAGUAUCCUGUCCAUCUUCGUGUUUAUUGGGCUGCUUGUGCUGGUCCCACUGCUGAUGGCGCUGGUGUCAUACCUGCUGACCAUCGCGGAUUGAGCCAGGACACUCACAAAGUGACUAACUGACCAAGGGAACCAUGUUACUGCCAAACCAGGGGGGAUCCAGACACUGAACACUGAAUGGGUGAAGCGUCCACGCAACAGGAGUCUUAAUCCAUCAUUAAUCAGCCCCAGUGUGUCUGAUUAUUAAACUCCUAGUGAAACCAGGACUGGAUCGCACUGCUGUGCAGCAGGAGUCUGAUUCCCAUCCUUACAGUAAUAAUGCUAAUCACCAUUGAAAAAUGAUUGACAGGUCAGAAUGCCCAAAUGUAUCAAAUUUUGCACACAUCAGUGAAUAUAUAUUAUUCUUGCCUAACUCAGUGGGCAUUUUAGAAGCGUAUUACGAACCUACUAGAAAAAUAAUGUAUUUAUUUAUUUAUUUGUUUUUUAAAUUUCCAACUUGUUUUAUUUUCAUUUUGUAUAUCUUUAAGGCACUUUUUUCCUUUUUCUUGUUUAA